AGUAAGACAUCUGUGGCCACACUCAAUUGGCUACGCACCAACGGCGACGACUUCUUCUGCAGUCAAUUGCGCCAUGUGCGUUUGGGCGCGAGUGACUUUAUCAACCACACACACCAGGGCUUAGGAAUCAACCGCUUCACCAUGAAGGCGGUCGCCAUCCCUCAG